ACCUCAUAACCCCCAAGUUAUCACGACCACGCAUUGUUAUAUCGAGGGACGAGAGAGGGACAAUCGAUUGAAGACUUCUCUACCCUCAGCUGACGAGCCACAAAGGGGACGGCAGGUGGCAACUGUAGGGCCACAGCCAUCGCCCUACGUGCCAACCCGUGGACACGGCAGCGACACCUUUGAUCCUCGAUUAGCCUCGUUGCAAUCCCAUUCGGUGCAAACGAGAUGCCAUCAUUCCACUCCGAUGAGUUGAAUAAUAGGACACUGGAUGACCCCUUCUUUCAAACCCUCAACGACACCCGACAAUCGCAGGAGAAUGCGGCCCUGAAGAAUUGGCCACUACAACAGGCGACUGUCCAUACGAACUAUGAGACGACACCGCCUAGGACUCCUACCGACUCCCUCAAUUCCAUGAAUGACGAGAUCACCCCCCCGGAUAACGGCGGGAUGUUCACCGAUACGGGGCUGAACGCGGUGCCAAAUGGGAGGCCAGCCAGGAAUAGUUGGGAGGAUCGACUGGUUCGCAACACGGGCGCUCUAUCUAUCAACGUCGGCAUGGCCGGUAUACCUGAAAAUGGAAGAAAGAGCCCGGAGCCACAUAAUCGAUCAUUGAAAUCUCUGUCGGCAGAAAGGAACUCGUAUGGCCUGGCAAAUGGAUACCCAUUACAGCCCCAAUCGACUGCACCCGAAGCCAACGAAUCGCAAGCUGCAAAUGGGCACAACGAGAGCUAUAAACCGCUGCCCCCUCCUACCUCAUCCUAUAAUCCGCAAAGUACUGGGCCCCUCACUUAUUCCAGUUCUUUGGUUGGAAACAUGAAACAUCUCGACUCGCCUCCGACAACCCAGAAUGCCCAGAAUCCUUCUAUACAUCGACUCUCCCCCGAUUACAAUCCUAGGACCCCCACCGCUGGACCGUCGGGUUCAUCACAGAACGCUGCCGGUCCGCCCCAGCUUAAACACCGAGUGCUACGUGCAUCCACAGAUGAUGGAACUGCACUGGCGACUGGUCGAUUCUCUCCUAUAGCCGCGUCAAACAUGCGCCGAGGUUCUCUCACCAUCAAUAGACGCAAUACCCAAAGCAUUCAUUCCAAUAUACCACAUGAAGAUAUAGCGCAGGACGAAGAUGCCCUCAGGUGGGCAGAAGCAAUACGACAGAAGAGAGCGAGUAAACGGAAGCGAAGAGAUGAAGAAGACGAGGAUAGAGUGGUUGUGGGGACGAAGGUUGACCAGAACCAUGUCAAUUGGGUCACAGCAUACAAUAUGUUAACUGGCAUCCGAUUUACUGUGUCAAGGACGAACGCGAAGUUGGAUAGGGACCUAACGGACGCUGACUUUACUGCACGCCAUAAGUUUUCCUUUGACAUAACUGGUAAUGAGUUAACUCCAUCGGCAAAGUAUGAUUUCAAAUUCAAGGAUUAUGCACCAUGGAUAUUCCGACGUCUACGAGCCACUUUCAAAAUUGACCCUGCCGACUAUCUCAUGUCGUUGACAAGCAAGUACAUCUUGUCAGAACUCGGAUCACCAGGCAAAAGUGGCAGCUUCUUCUACUUCUCUCGAGAUUACAAGUACAUCAUCAAAACCAUACACCAUGCCGAACACAAACUCCUUCGCAAAAUCCUCAAGGACUAUUACCAACACGUCGUGCAGAAUCCUAACACCCUCUUGUCGCAAUUCUACGGCUUGCAUAGAGUGAAGGUGCCAUAUGGAGGUAAAAUCCACUUUGUCGUCAUGAACAACCUAUUCCCACCGCAUAGGGACAUCCAUCAAACGUUUGACUUGAAAGGUUCCACUAUCGGGCGAGACUACAAGGAAGAGAAUGUUGUAAACAACCCAAGAGCAACCCUGAAGGACCUCAACUGGCUCAGGAGGAAUUACCACCUCGAAUUCGGACCAGAAAAGAAGAACAUCUUUUUGGAACAGAUGGAGCAGGAUGUACACCUCCUGCAGAAGCUCAAAAUUAUGGACUAUUCAAUGCUUGUGGGUAUACAUGACUUGGGGAAAGGCAACCAGGAGAAUCUUCGAGAUAAGACGCUCAGGGUGUUCCAGCCGGGAGGAGACACAUCGCCGGACGAUAUUCUACCUUCUAAUCCUAUCUUGACGAGAACGCCCUCGAAAUUGGAGACUGCUAGAAAGGCGCAUGAAUUGCGAAAGAUCAUCAAACACGAGAAGCCCAUUCCUAUGGGCGAAUCAACCACCAGAAUGCCAGAACAGAUGGAAGAGAACACAAGUAAACGAGACUUUACGUUCUAUAGCGACGAUGGGGGCUUUAGGGCCACACACGAGGAUAAUACGCCUGGGGAGGAAAUAUAUUAUCUGGGCAUCAUUGAUUUGCUCACCCACGUAAGUCACUCACUCCCAACAUGUCUUGACUGUGGCUAAUAUAAAUGCAGUACGGAACCGUCAAGAGACUUGAGAAUUUCUGGAAAGGACUUUCUCAUGAUAAGCAACAAAUAUCCCCGAUACCACCAGUUCCUUACGGUGACCGGUUCAUCAAAUUCGUUAUGGACAUUACGAAGUCUCGAGAAGAAGUUCGAGAGGAAGUUCGAGAGGAAGUUCGAGAGGAAGUUCGAGAG